AUGUCCGUGUGCGUGUGUGUGUGCGUGUGCGUGUGCGUGUGCGUGUGCGUGUGCGUGUGCGUGCGCGUGCGCGUGGCCAUGGGCGUGGGCGUGGGCGUGGGCGUGGGCGUGGGCGUGGGCGUGGGCGUGGGCGUGGGCGUGGGCGUGGGCGUGGGCGGCAAGUCUGCAACCGGCACCGCCGCAAUACCAACAGUGGUGAUGGCACAGCCACACGUCCAGACAGGACGAGCCGCCUACAGUAAAACACCCCAUCAACCCAACAACAAUAUCGAAGCCGCACUCUCAGCAGGUGUGAGAAAAUAG